CCUUUGUGAUUUAGAAAGGAUUUUUCCGCCAUCAUUCUUUGAUGUCAUGGUUCAUCUUUCGGUUCAUCUUGCUUCAGAGGCCAAAUUAGGAGGGACAGUUCAUUACCGUUGGAUGUAUCCAAUCGAGAGGUAUUUAUCUACAUUAAAAUCUUACGUCAAAAAUAGGAGUAAACCCGAGGGUUCCAUUGCAGAAGGAUAUUUAGCUGAAGAAUGUUUGUCAUUUUGUUCAUUGUACUUAUCAAGUGAUGUCGAGACCAUACAUAAUAAGACAAGUCAGAAUUAUGAUGACGGUGGUUUCGAGGAUAUUUUACCUAUCUUUUCUAUGUCAGGUCGGCCGAUUGGUGCUACAGUGGUAGAGAUACUUGACCUUGACAUUUUGGCUAAAGCACAUUCAUAUGUGUUAUUCAAUUGUAGUGAAGUUGAUGAAUUUCGAACAGAACAUCUGACGAAUGUUCGUCAUGAAAAUCGGAAAUUACGUGAGCGUGAGAUUCAGCGUUUACAUAGCGAGACUUUUGAGUCGUGGUUUCAAGAUCAUGUACGGAAUAGCAUAGAUGUUGAGGAGCUGCAUACCAGAGGGGAUCAUAGAAUCACGGAAGAUCUAAGAAACUUGGCAAGUGGCCCAGCUGAGUUUGUGAAAAAAUAUAAGGGAUUUAUCAUAAAUGGUUUCCGAUUUCACACAAAAGAUCUGGAACAGAAUAGGAAAACACAAAAUAGUGGAGUUAUGCUUGAGGCCAUGACAAAUAGCUUUUCAAGUGCUAAAGAUAACAAUCCUAUCGUGGGAGAUGUAACAUACUAUGGGGUUUUGAAUGAUAUCAUUGAGUUGGAAUAUGUUGUUGACAGGAAAGUAGUUUUGUUCCAUUGUGAUUGGAUCUCGAAUGGUUCAAGGAAAAAGCAAGAUGAGAAUGGGUUUACUCUACUUAAUUUUGAAGGUUUGAACCCUCAUAACGACCCUUUUAUACUAGCUUGUCAAGCACAACAAGUAUUUUAUGUUGCAGAUCGUGUUGACAAAGGAUGGAAAGUUGUGAUCAAGACAACACCUAGAGAUUCUUAUGACAUGAAUGAACAAACAUGUCUUGAGAAUGUGGAAACACAUUUGCAGAGUGACACAUCUACGGGUCCUCAACUUGAUGAUAAUAUGAAUAUUGAAUUGGUUAGAAGGGGUUUAAAUGGGACCGUUGUUGACAAAAAUACCUUAGUUUUUGACGGAGAUGAAGAUCUGUUUGAAGCUGCUUCAUGA